UCAGCGGGCCACAGUCGCUGUUUUCGAGUUUAUUGCCAACUCUGCCUUGGCUCGGUGCGCAACGGUUUCGGUAGUUGGUAGUCUCGUUUCGGAGCUGAAGUUUUCGCCGCUUGUGACUGAAAAAUGCUUGACAUUUAGCCAGAGGAAAAGUGAAGGAAGUUCUGGAAGCGAAUUAAAUACAAUUUGUGUUUGUGUGUGUGUGUUGGUGCCUGAACUGUGAUCAAACAUAUCAUUGCCGAUAAAGUACUUUUGCCCUAGUAUCGAAUGGAUAUCAAAGCCUCGACGCCGCCCGCCCUCGAAGUGGCUCCUGGCCAGCCUGGAUCGCCAGCUGCCAAGCCGGGAGCGAACUCGGGUGGAACGGGUGGUCCCGGUGGUCCUGGUGGUCCAGGUGGAGCGGCCAACAACUCCUCCGCGGCCACCCAUAACACCGCCGCCACAUUCCAGCACAUCUUCGAGCAGCUGGUGCAGCAGGGCGGCGGUAAUCACAAGCUCCCGCCCAAGCAAUUGGAGCACCUGCGCCACCUGCUUGGCAAUGUCCGGGAUGCCAAGAAUCUGCAGAUGAUCGUGGAGAAGUUCAAGAACCUGGAGCAGUUCCACGAGCACUACGCCGCCCAUGUGGCCAACAACAACACUGUGAUCUCGGCGGAAGAUAGCAACGACUUGCUGAAGGAUAAUGCCAGGAAGUUCGGAUCGGGCGGACAGACGCUAACGCCGCGCCACACAAUCGAUGCCAUUCUCGGCCUGAAGAAUCGCAACGGCACUGGAAAUGGCAGAAACGCGGAAUCGGUCAGCGAUGGCGCCAUUGACCCCUCCUUGGGCGACGAAGACGCCACGGAUCUGCGCUGUGGAAUGACCCUGACGCAGCUGCGCAGCAUGGACAACCACAUGGCCAGUAUGCUGCAGCAGCACGCGAAGAACGGAGGAGGCUUGCCCUACGGCCCCCCAACUCCGCGGGGUCAGCAGGCCCAGGUCCCGAAUGCGACGACCCUGCACCAUGGACAGCAGAUGGGGCCCGGGCAGCCGGGACACCCGACGCACCCCAGCCAUACCCCGCACCAUGGACAUGCCACCUUCGGCUACCACAAUGCCUUUGGAUUCGGCCAGGGACAUGGACACGGCUACGGGCACCAGGAGGAGGCGGCGGGCAAUUACCUCAACUCGAUGCACCAGAUGGUCGAGGCCAAUCAAUUGCAGCCCGGAGCCUCUGGCUCCGCUCCCCCGACCCCGCUGCCACCCAGUUCCUUCGGCAGCCACCAGCAGCACUUGGCCGCCUUGGCCGCUCAGGCGCAGGAGCAGCAGCAGCAGAGCCAGCAGAACCAGCAUGGCAAAUACGCCAAGUCAUCGCCCACUGGAGCGGGGCCUCCUCCGCCGCCGCCAGGUGCCUACUUCUUGGACUCCCAGACGGCGCCGCUCGCCCAGUCGCAGAUUGGCUACGACGAGCGUUCAAUGUCCUCCGCCAGCGACAUGGAGGAGGACGACGAUGACGCGGCAAAGCUGCAGCUCGAUGUGACCUCGCCGCCCACUCCGGCGCCACGUGGUCCGCUGGCCGCCAAGCGCAAGUCCGCCGGCGUCUUCUGUGAUGAUAAUGAGCCGAAAUUGGCCAAUGGCCAAAUGGGGGGCAAUUACGGCAUUCGCGCUCGCAGCCUGGAGGAGGUGCAUCAUCAGCAGCAGCAACAGCAGCAGCAGCAGUCGCAUCACCAGCAGCAGCAGCAGCAACUGCAACAACAGCAGCAGGGCUUUCAGCAUGACUUUCGCAACAACGGCAACGGAAAUCCCAGCGGCAACAGCAACAACUCCGGCGAUCACGGCGAGCGGUUAAAUGCGGACAGCGACAGUCUGGUCAACGGCAGCUGCGCCUCCAGCGAGGACCUCAACCAGACCAACAGCAGCGAGCAGGGCGAGAAGAUCACUUCCGGGAGCGACGACGAGGGCCAAGACGAUAACUGCGCCAAGAAGAAACACCGGCGCAACCGGACCACCUUCACCACCUACCAGCUGCAUGAACUUGAGCGGGCCUUCGAGAAGUCGCACUACCCCGAUGUCUAUUCCCGCGAGGAGCUGGCCAUGAAGGUGAACCUGCCCGAGGUCCGCGUCCAGGUGUGGUUCCAGAAUCGUCGCGCUAAAUGGCGUCGCCAGGAGAAAUCGGAGAGUCUUCGCCUGGGUCUGACCCACUUCACCCAACUGCCGCAUCGCUUGGGAUGCGGUGCCUCCGGACUGCCAGUGGAUCCCUGGCUAUCGCCGCCGCUGCUGAGUGCCCUGCCAGGCUUUCUGUCGCAUCCCCAAACGGUGUACCCCAGCUAUCUGACGCCGCCGCUGAGUCUGGCGCCCGCCAACCUGACCAUGAGCAGCCUGGCGGCCAUGGGUCACCACCACGCCCACAACGGACCGCCGCCCCCGCACGUCGGACACGGCGGGCAUGGUCAGCCGCAGCCACCGCCACCACCACCGCCGCACGGAGUGCCCCACCCGCAUGCCAGCCACCACGUGGUACCGCUGUCGCACCUCUCGCCGCACCUGUCACGCAUGUCGCCGCAUGCGACGUCCUUGGGCUCGCCCCACCACGGAGUGACCCCCCUCGGCAACCCCCUGCACAGCAGCCUGCCGCCCAGUUCGACGUCAACGACCGUCGCCGUCGCCGCCGCCGUCUCGUCCUCGCAGUCGUCCUCCUCCUCGGCCUCUCUGGAAUGCAGUGGCCCGGACAUUUGCAUGUCGCCCCAAAACCUGAGCAUCGGGAAUGCCGAUUCCAACGGGGAUGGACGCGACCUGAGCAGCGACCUUGACGCAGGGAGCACUAGCAGCAAUCCGGGCAGCAGCCUGGACAAAUGCGCGGCCAGCGCCAACAUCGAAUUGCUGGACGUGGGGCGGGACAGCCCCCCGCCUCCGCCCACUCCGGCUGGAAAGAGUUCCGCUACCCCGCCGGCGGACAUGCGGAGCAACUCGAUCGCCACGCUGAGGAUCAAGGCCAAGGAGCACCUGGACAACCUGAACAAGGGCAUGGUCUCCAUUGUCUAGCCCUCGACGGUUCCUAACUAAGUUCAGCUCCAAUCAAAAACCCAUUCCCCUAUAUCAUCUUCUAGGUGUGUUCUAAGUUUAGUAAAUUUCGUGUUGUAAGGACUUAUUCUGAAGCAGUUUCUUAUAUUGUCAACUUAACAUGUGCAAAGUGUAUUUGUAAAAUUUCAAUUAUUUCAAAGAAAAAUGGCUGAUGAAGAAGUCUAUUCCUAAUGCAUA